CGAGGCCGAACGCCUGACGUCAAGGCGACACCGCCAAACCUCGCCCAGAGUCAGGCGUGGAAAGCAGCCGGAGCGGCGGCGGCGGCGACGGCGGCGGCAGAGACCGCCGUGGCGCCGGGAGCAGCGACCCGAAGGGAACGCGGGGCGACGGCGGCGACUCGGUGACAGCGCGAGAGGUACUACGUGUAACAGGUGUACAUCAUGCGUGAAUAUAAGCUAGUCGUUCUCGGCUCAGGAGGUGUUGGGAAGUCGGCUCUGACUGUACAGUUUGUUCAAGGAAUUUUUGUUGAAAAAUAUGAUCCUACGAUAGAAGAUUCUUAUAGAAAGCAAGUUGAAGUAGAUGCACAGCAGUGUAUGCUUGAAAUCUUGGAUACUGCAGGAACGGAACAGUUCACAGCCAUGCGAGAUCUGUACAUGAAGAACGGACAAGGCUUUGCUCUGGUUUACUCCAUCACAGCACAGUCCACAUUUAAUGACUUACAAGAUCUAAGAGAACAGAUCCUUCGGGUUAAAGACACUGAUGAUGUUCCAAUGAUUUUGGUUGGUAAUAAAUGCGACUUGGAAGAUGAAAGAGUUGUAGGAAAGGAACAAGGUCAAAACCUAGCAAGACAGUGGAACAACUGUGCGUUCUUAGAAUCCUCUGCAAAGUCCAAAAUAAAUGUUAAUGAGAUCUUUUAUGACCUAGUGCGGCAAAUUAACAGAAAAACUCCAGUGCCUGGGAAGGCCCGCAAAAAGUCAUCGUGUCAGCUGCUUUAAUGUACUGAACGCAUUGUAGCUCUGAGCCAGGUCUGAAGAACUGUUGCCCAAUUCAACAGUGCCAGCAUUCCAACUUUAACCCUAUCAACAUCUUAAUGGACUUUCCUGUGGUGGCACCCUGUACGAGGCGGAUGAAAGCUACUCUGUCAGUUUGCACAUUCUAAUCACUUUCCAGUAUCACCAGAGAUUUUUACUUAUAUAAUAGUUCUAGAGUAUGCAGCUGGUAAAACCAGAGGCUACAUCCAGUAUUACUGCUAAGAGACAUUCUUCAUCCACCAAUGUUGUACAUGUAUGAAAAUGG